AUGGCCUUAUUUCCAGGACGAGUUCGACGUCGUGAUGUCCUGAUUGCGAUAAUCCUACUUGUGAUCUUCUGGCUGCUUACUCCUCUGUGGCAGUAUUCUCCUAAGCCACACGGCAUAGUGAGAAGGACGAGGCUUGAUUAUCGACCCCAGCAGGAAUUCUGGCGAUAUUUGCAUACACUAUUUAAGAAGAAUGACCCGGGAAUCACGUUACCGGAGAGGCCUGGACCCGCUGCACUCAUCGAGUACAAUGACACGCAUGAGAUUCCCCGGCCUGAGCUCUUGCAAAUACCUCAGACAGCAGUGGACAAAAUUCGAGAUGCUCAUAAAGGAUUCGUCAAUGACAUCAAGGUCGAUAAUGCACAGUGGAGUCUACCAUAUAAGCCAAAUACUCGGGGCAUCGUCACUGCAGCCAGUGGUGUUUCCUUUCCCAUCCUUCUCGUAUCGUUGCGGAUGAUCAGGCGGACUCACACCACCCUUCCCAUGGAGGUAUUCAUGAUGUUGGAGGAGGAAUACGAACCAGACAUUUGUGAAGGUGUACUGCCUUCCCUGAACGCAACGUGCGUCAUCAUCAGCGAUAUCUUGGGUGCAAAGGGAAUGAAGGAUAUACAGCGUGCCCAACUCAAGUCAUUGGCAAUUCUCUUCUCCUCGUUUGAGGACAUUCUCUGGCUUGACUCUGAUUGCUUUCCUCUUCGGGAUCCAGAGUAUAUAUUUCAGUCUGAAGUAUAUCAGUCUACUGGACUGAUCACUUGGCCUGAUUUUUGGGCCAUGACGACCUCUCCGUUGUACUAUGAGAUUUCUUCUCAGCAUCCGUUGCCCCUAAAAGAACGACCGUCCACUGAGGCUGCAGAGCUACUCUUAUCCAAAAAGAAGCACAGUCUAACACUGAUGCUGGUGAGCUACUAUAAUUACUAUGGUCCUUCCCACUACUACCCGCUGUUGUCUCAAGGUGCUCCAGGAGGAGGAGACAAAGAGACAUUCCUGGCAGCAGCUUCCGCUCUUGGGGAGCCAUUUUACGCGAUCACAGAAAGGGCGCGCCGCCUAGGACAUCCUACAAUGAAUGGAGACCUUGUGGGCUCCGCCACGGUGCACUACGACCCGAUUCGGGACCACGAACCCAUCACACAUGAGAAAUUGCAGCCAAAGAACGAGAAGGCAACCACCCUUCCAAGAGCACUUUUUAUUCACACGUACUAUCCCAAGCUUGAGUCGGCAACUAUCUUCGACCCUUUCAAUGUUCAGCCUACCCGCAACCCGGACGGUAAGUGGUCUCGCGCUUGGACGAAACCGGAGGAGACUAUCUACAACGUUGGGUUUGACACGGAGAUACAUUUUUGGGAAGAGGUCAAAUGGGUGGCAUGCAACCUGGAGAACAAAUUCCUAAGUUGGAAAAACAAGUGGGGGGUCUGUGAGCGUGUGACGCAUUACUGGAACAGCGUCUUUGAGGGCAUUCAAUCCAGUACUGCAAACUAA